GUUUAAUGUUUACCAGUGGACAUUAAUUUAAUACUAGGAAGCAAAUGAAUAAGAGGGAAGUAGCACUGUGAAAGAAAAGUCCAGCACGAACUAUUCAGAAGGACAAUGAAGUCUGCCCUGUGUUUGUGUUUGUUGCUUCUUGGACUUCAAGUCCAGGGUCAGCAGCAGGAACAACAAAUACGCCAUUCCCCAGAAGACCGGUCCCAGGCUGAUGGUGAAAACUUGUCUUAUGUCAAGCUAGCCCCCAGCAAUGCUGAAUUUGCAUUUAAGUUUUACAGGCAGAUCAGAGAUGAAUUGGGUGACGGGAACAUUUUCUUCUCUCCUUUGAGCAUCUCCACUGUCUUUGCAAUGCUCACCCUGGGGGCCAGAUCAAACACACUCAGAGAGCUGUACAAAGGCCUUGCCUUCAACCUGACAGAGAUGGAGGAGCAGGAGAUUCAUGAGGGGUUUCAGCAGGUCCUCCAGUUGCUGAAUGACCCUCACCGAGAAGUCCAGUUGAACAUGGGCAAUGCCCUGUUCGUAGAUAACCAAGUGGAAUUGCUUCAAAACUUUUUGGAUCAUGUCACAAAUCUUUAUCACACUGAAGCUGUUUCUAGCAACUUUCAGAAUCCUCCAGAGGCUACAAGGGAAGUCAAUAAGUACGUGGAAACAAAAACACAUGGCAAAAUUGUUGAUUUAGUCAAAAGUCUUGAUCCGGACACCGUGAUGGUUGUCAUUAACUACAUUUUCUUUAAAGGCUCCUGGGAAAAACCUUUCAAAAAUUUCAACACGAGAGAUGAUGACUUCUUUUUGGAUGCCAAGAAUUCUGUUAAGGUCAAAAUGAUGCAUCAAAAAAAUUACUUUAAUGUCCAUAGGGAUAAGAAUUUGUCUUGCUGGGUAGUAGAAAUCCCAUACAAAGGAAAUGUUACUUCAUUGUUUGUUCUGCCUGAUGAAGGGACAAUGAAACAGGUGGAAGAUACUCUGCUGAAAGAAACAGUGGCUAACUGGUUGCGAUCACUUAAAGAAAGAGACAUCUAUUUGGAUCUUCCAAAAUUCUCUGUCUCCGGCUCCUAUGAUGUUAAGAGCCUGUUUAAGAAAAUGGGUGUGACAGAGGUGUUCAGUGAUCAGGCUGAUCUCUCUGGAGUGGCAAAAAAUCUUCCUCUGAAGGUUUCCAAAGCAAUUCACAAGGCCACGGUGGAUGUUAGAGAGAAUGGGACAGAGGCUGCUGCAGUGACCAUGAUGGAACUUACACCAUUGUUGCUACCAUUUCCUCCUCCUCCUCACAUCACCUUCAACAGGCCCUUCCUGAUCAUGGUUAUUGACAAAGCCACCGAUGGCGUGCUCUUCCUGGGAAAAAUUGUGAACCCGACUGCUAAGGAAGACUAGGCCAGAGCACUUACACUCUCCAGUGCAGAGAGGAGAGCCUGUGCACAUCCCAGGAAUUUCUGUGCAAAGUAGGAAUAGAAUUGACCUGAUGCAUAAUAAACAAAUAAAUAAA